UAUUAAGCUAGUGUACACUAUGGUAGCAACCAAAAGGAGCAGAGAUUAUUGUUAUGUUCACCAACGUUGUUGUCUUCCUUCUCUCUCUUCUUCCUCAUUUCCCUUUCUAUGCAAACCAAUCUCAUCACACACACACACACUCUCUCUCUCUCUCUCUAUCUGCGUCUAACUGAAGGCUUCUGUUUUGUGUGUAACCUGGGAAAGUGCCAUCUCUGAACGUGGCGUGUCUUCUACGAAGAUUUCACUGCAAAACUCUACACGAAUCUACUUCCCUUCGUUCUCAUUCCAAGAUAUCCUAACACCCUUUUAUUCAACUUUGGAUCUUCAGCUUUUCCAGGAAGAGGUGCAUCAACUCUAGAGAGGAAAGAAGAUGGCUACACUUUCUGAUAUUGCGCUAGCAGCUGCCAUAAACAUUUUGAGUGCAUUUAUUUUCUUUGUUGCCUUUGCUAUUCUGAGGCUUCAACCUUUUAAUGAUCGAGUAUACUUCCCAAAAUGGUAUCUGAAGGGGUUAAGAACAGAUCCCGUACACGGAGGAACUUUAAUGCGCAAGUUCGUCAAUUUAGAUUGGAAAUCAUACGUUAGGUUCUUGAAUUGGAUGCCAGCUGCAAUUAGAAUGCCAGAAUUGGAGCUCAUUGAUCAUGCUGGAUUGGACUCUGUUGUUUACUUGCGGAUAUACUUGAUAGGGCUUAAAAUCUUUGUUCCAAUAGCAUUCUUGGCAUGGGCGGUUCUGGUUCCUGUGAAUUGGACAAGUGACGGGCUAGCAAAUUCGAAGCUAAAAAACUUAACUUCUAGUGACAUUGACAGAAUCUCAAUUUCAAAUGUCCAAAGCGGAUCUCAAAGGUUUUGGGCACACAUAGUAAUUGCUUAUGCAUUUACCUUCUUGACAUGCUUUGUUUUGCUAAAGGAGUAUGAAAAAGUUGCCGCAAUGAGACUGCAUUUUCUUGCAUCCGAAAAACGUCGUGCCGAUCAAUUCACGGUGCUUGUCCGAAAUAUUCCACCAGAUCCUGAUGAAUCUGUUGGUGAGCUUGUGGAGCACUUUUUUCUAGUUAAUCAUCCAGAUACCUAUCUCACUCACCAGGUUGUUUACAAUGCCAACACGCUAGCAAAGUUGGUUAAGAAGAAGAAGAAGUUGCAGAAUUGGCUUGUUUAUUAUCAGAAUAAACUUGAAAGAACUUCACAAAGGCCUGAAAUUAAGACUGGUUUCCUUGGCCUUUGUGGAGCAAAAGUGGAUGCUAUUGAUCAUCACAAUGCUGAAAUUGAUAGGCUUUCAAAAGAAAUAGCUUUGGAGAGGGAUAAGGUCACUAAUGACCCCAAAUCUACCAUGCCUGCUGCGUUUGUCUCAUUUAAAUCUCGGUGGGGUGCGGCAGUUUGUGCACAAACUCAACAAACCAGAAACCCAACAAGUUGGUUGACUGACUGGGCUCCAGAACCACGGGAUGUCUAUUGGUCAAACUUGGCAAUUCCAUAUGUUUCUCUCACUAUCAGGAGGCUAAUCAUGGCUGUUGCAUUCUUUUUUCUCACUUUCUUUUUUAUGAUUCCCAUUGCAUUUGUACAAACUCUAGCAAGUCUUGAUGGAAUUCGGAAAUCAGCACCGUGGCUGGAGCCGAUCAUUAGUGUCCCUUUUAUUAAAUCAUUCAUUCAAGGUUUUCUACCUGGGAUUGCAUUGAAGCUGUUUCUCAUCUUUUUGCCAACAAUAUUGAUGAUCAUGGCAAAAUUUGAAGGAUUUGGAUCAAUAUCAUCACUAGAGAGGAGAGCAGCUGCUAGAUAUUAUAUCUUCAAUUUUGUAAAUAUAUUUCUGGGGAACUUACUUACUGGAACAGCAUUUCAACAGCUGGACACCUUCCUUCAUCAGUCAGCCAAUGAAUAUCCUAUAACAAUCGGCACUGCAAUUCCCUUAAAAGCAAGUUUCUUCAUUAGUUACAUAAUGGUUGAUGGAUGGGCUGGGAUAGCUGCAGAGGUUUUGAUGUUGAAACCACUUAUCAUAUAUCAUUUAAAAAAUUUCUUCCUGGUGAAGACAGAAAAGGACAGGGAAGAGGCCAUGGAUGCUGGAAGUAUUGGUUUCAACACUGGAGAGCCUCGUAUACAACUGUACUUUUUGUUGGGUCUAGUCUAUGCUCCAGUGACCCCUACUGUUCUUCCUUUCAUAAUAGUUUUCUUUGGUCUGGCCUAUGUUGUGUUUCGUCAUCAGAUAAUUAAUGUUUAUAAUCAAGAGUAUGAGAGUGGCGCAGCAUUCUGGCCUGAUGUCCAUGUUCGAAUCGUGAUUGCAUUGAUAAUCUCACAGAUAGUUCUAAUGGGACUUCUGACCACCAAAAAGGCUGCUCAAUCAACUCCCUUUCUCAUUGCACUACCAAUAUUGACCAUAUGGUUCCAUAGAUACUGCAAAGGCCGUUUCGAAUCUGCAUUUGUUAAAUAUCCCUUACAGGAAGCAAUGAUGAAAGACACAUUAGAACGAGCAACAGAACCAAACCUAAACCUGAAAGCAUACCUCCAGAAUGCAUAUGUUCACCCGGUUUUCAAGGCGAGCCUUGACGAGGAUGACGACGAAGAUGGAGACAGUCAGAAAUGGGAAACUGAGAGUGUUCCUGUGCCGACAAAACGCCAAUCUCGAAGGGGUACACCUGUGCCCAGCAAAAUUAGUGUUAGUGGUGCAUCCUCUCCCUCUCUGCCUGAACGCCAGUCUAGAAGGAGCACACCUGUGCCCAGCAAAAUUAGUGUUAGUGGUGCAUCAUCUCCCUCUCUGCCUGAUUCCUCAUUUCGCAGCCCUCCAGAGCCUUAAAGCAAAUCAUGACAUGGACUAAGUAGGAAUCACAUCUCAUCAAUGUACAUUUGAGGUUUCCAACAAUCAUUGAUGUUGCUGAAUGCUGACCAUAGAGACAAGAAGAAUGGAUGUGCAAAUAUACAAUGAGGACAUGUUUGCACGAAUGCAGCAUAGGCUGAAUUGUUGAGUGACAAUGCAACAUUCUUUGUAAGCAGCAUAGUUUUGGGAUGAAAAGUGACUGCAUGCUGUACGGCCGAGAGUUUCUUGCUUGAUGGUUUUAGAUUCUUUUCUUGUUGAUCAUCUUCAAUUGCAUAAAUAAUAACGUUGUUCCACGGGGAUACUGUAUAUUGUAAAUUAUCCUAUACAAAUAUUUAUUGUAUUUUUUCAUGUUUGUUUUUUCCUUA